UGCUCGGACAAAGUAGAGGAAGCCGAAGACGUUGUCAAGGAACGCUCGGCUGAUCAGGCGGUGGAGUCAGCGGGAGGCGGCGAUGCGGUCACCGCGAAGAGCCCAGGGUGCGCCCAUUGCCCAGCACGUCAUGUGAAGCCGGCUCCGCUUUACACCGGCGGGUCAUCGACGUGCAGAAGUGCGGGCCGACAACUGCCAGGGCGAAGUGGUCCGGGAGGUCAUGCGGUCGAGUCGUCCGGACAUAUCGACCAGCGAAGCCCAGCAGCGACCAGUCGCUUUCCCCAUCUGGUAGUCGUCUGCGGGCAUAGGCCACGCGUACCACGUGACCGGUCAGCGAGCAGUGACCGCGACAGCCGGCGAGCGCCAUGGCCCUGAAGCGCAUCAAGAAGGAGCUGGAUGACAUCAGCCGUGACCCACCGGCCAACUGUUCGGCGGGCCCCAUCGAGCACUCGGACUUGUUCAACUGGCAGGCCACCAUCAUGGGUCCGUCGGACAGCCCCUUCGAAGGGGGAGUGUUCAGGCUCAACAUCGUCUUCCCCAAGGACUACCCGUUCAAGCCGCCCAAGGUGAGCUUCAUCACCAAGAUCUACCACCCGAACAUCAGCACGCACGGCGACAUUUGCCUGGACAUCCUCAAGUCGCAGUGGUCGCCGGCCUUGUCCAUCGCCAAGGUGCUGCUGUCCAUCUGCGUGCUCAUGUGCGACCCGAACCCGGACGACCCGCUCAUGCCCCGAGUGGCGUCCGUGUAUAAAAACAACCGGGGUCUCUACGAGACCACAGCCAGGGAGUGGACCAGGACUUAUGCCAUGGAGUAGGGACCGCAGGUCCAUGCGAUGCCAUGCCGGCUUGGAGAAUGAUCCCCCACUGCUCCUGCCUGUUGUUGCGAACGGGGGUACAAAAGACUAGGCGGGCCUAUGUUGUGAAGACGCGUCCACCAAGCGGUGACUUUGCAUUCGCCGUCAGUGUUCCUGUGCUGAAUUUGGCUUGAGGGAAGAUGCCGAUAGCGGAGAAGAGUUUUUAGGCAACUGCGAAUACAACAUUCUGGCCCGCCUGAUAAAGAUAUAAACUAGUAUGCUCACUAAUUCUCGUAGAAAGGUCCUUACAUGAGCGCGAAAGUGUACUUAUGUGGCAAGUUAGACACCGAUCGUGUUCACCGUACGUAUUGAAGGAAAUUGUGCCCAUGUGGGUGCGGUUUUAGAAGCACUCUUCCAGCGUCCUUACUUUUU